AUGGGCAAAAAUACCGACAAGCUGUACAUCACUCACUCGGAGUGGUCCUCAUCUGACGCAUACUCUGCCAGUGCUGGCGCCAACGUCAAUGCGCGCUCGCGUCCAGGCUCUUUCCGACGGCUGCCAUUCAACUUCUGCGCAGCCAGCCUUCAACCCUUCAAAAACCCCGUCUGCACCCAAGAUGGUACCAUUUUCGACGUUGAAGUCAUCAGCUCGUGGCUAGACAAGCACGGCACAAAUCCCGUCAACGGCGAUCGUCUCGAUGCGAAAGACCUUAUCAAACUCAACUUCGCCAGGAACGCCGAGACCGACUCGCGGACCCCGGGCUUCGGUCAAGGCGACUUGAUUGAUCCCGUGACCUUCAAGGUUUUCACAGACAACACCCAUAUCGUUGCGAUCCGACACGGAAACUAUGCAAACGUCUUCGCCUGGGACACGGUCGAGCGAAUGAAUGUCAAGGCCAAGAACUGGCGGGAUCUUCUGGAUGAUAAGGAAUUUACCAAAGCCGACAUCAUUACUCUCCAAGACCCGCAGAAUGCUGCGAGUAGGGACCUGAGCCAGUUCAAGUUUCUCAAGGACGGUGAAGAGGCCAUUUUGACCAAGGAGCAGGAGGAGGAGCGGAAGGAGGGCAAUGUCAACAUCAAUGCUUUGGGUCGCAUUGGCGACAAGGUCCUCCGUGCUAAGCAAGCUGUUGAAGAGGCUCGUAAGAAACGCGACGAAGGCUUCGAUGUGAAUCGUUCUUCUGCGGUCGUCAAGCCCGGUUCCGCGGUGCAACGCAAGUCCAUGAUCAUGGAUAAGAAAAUACCAGCCAAUGCGGCAGUGUACACAACUGGCAGAGCAGCCGCCAGUUUCACCAGCACGGGUUUGACGCCAGAAACAAGCGGCGAGCGGGCUCUGUUGACCGACGAGGAAUACAUGCUCAACCCCAAAAGGGUCAAGAUCAAAGGCUACGCCCGGAUAGAAACGAAUUUGGGCGAUUUGAACGUUGAGCUAUACCCAGAAUUUGCCCCGCGUGCAGUAUGGAACUUCACAAGACUCGCCCAAAAGGGUUAUUACAAAGGCGUCGCUUUCCACCGGAACAUCAGAAACUUCAUGCUUCAAGGAGGUGAUCCUACUGGGACGGGAAAGGGCGGUACUAGUAUCUGGGGCAAGAACUUCCAGGACGAGUUUGACGGGCCUUUGACGCAUAAUGCUCGAGGAAUCAUCAGCAUGGCGAACAAGGGUAAGAACACCAAUUCGAGCCAGUUUUUCAUCAUUUAUAGGCCAACGAAGCAUCUCGACAACAAGCACACUGUUUUUGGUAAGGUUGUCGGUGGCCUUGACGUACUGUCAAAGAUGGAGGACGUUCCAACCGAUGGAUCUGACAGGCCGCUGAACAAGAUCGUGAUGAAGGAGGUUGUGGUCUAUCUUGAUCCUUUCGAGGAGUUUUUGAAGGAGAAAAGCAACAUCGAAGAGCUGGAGAAGGCCAAGCAGGCUAUAGAGCUCAACGGCGGUACAGAAGAUGACAAGACUACUUGGACAGGGAAGAGAAUCAAAGCUGACGGCACUUUGGAGACCGCAAACGGCUGUGCUACUGUAGGCAAGUACCUCAAAACACAGAAGAGUGGCUCAAAGCGUAUCGACGCAGAAGAUCUUGAUACAUGGGAGGAGCCGUCACGAAAGAAGAUGAAGAGUGGAGGUUUCGGCAACUUCGACAACUGGUGA